CGUCGCCCUGCUGCCCCAGCCGCCGCUGCCCCCGCCCGUCUCCGCGCCCCGGUAGCUGCGCUGCUGCGAGCCCCCCUGGAUUUGCCUGCCUCGCCGCUUUCGCUCGCGCGCCCGCCGCGACACACCACCGCCCCCAGCCCGCCCGCAUAGCAUGGCCGACAUGAACCAAGAAUCCAUCCAGCAGAAAAUCCAGGUCGCGCGGCGCGACGCCGAGGCCCUGAAGGACAGGAUAAAACGGAAGAAGGACGAGCUCGCUGACACAACCCUCCGCGAUGUCGCCCGCGACCGUGUCGAGGCCCUGCCGCGCCUCGCCAUGAAGACGAAGCGCACCCUCAAGGGCCAUCUCGCCAAGAUCUACGCCAUGCACUGGUCCACCGACCGCCGGCACCUCGUCUCCGCCUCGCAGGACGGCAAGCUGAUCAUCUGGGACGCCUACACAACGAACAAGGUCCACGCCAUCCCGCUGCGCUCGUCGUGGGUCAUGACGUGCGCCUACUCGCCGUCCGGCAACUACGUGGCGUGCGGUGGUCUCGACAACAUCUGCUCCAUCUACAACCUGUCGGCGCGAGAAGGCCCUACGCGCGUGGCCCGCGAGCUUUCGGGCCACUCGGGGUAUCUGUCUUGCUGCAGAUUCAUCAGCGACAAGCGCAUCCUGACCUCGUCCGGCGACAUGACCUGCGUGCUCUGGGAUCUGGAGACCGGCUCCAAGGUCCACGAGUUCGCCGACCAUCUCGGCGACGUCAUGAGCCUGAGCAUCAACCCCCUUGACCACAACCAGUUUGUGUCUGGUGCUUGCGAUGCCUUCGCCAAGCUGUGGGACAUUCGUCAGCAGAAGUGUGUGCAGACCUUCGCCGCCCACGACUCGGACAUCAACGCCAUCCAGUUCUUCCCCAACGGUAACGCCUUUGGCACAGGUUCUGACGACGCUUCUUGCCGCCUGUUCGACAUCCGCGCUGAUCGCGAGCUCGCUUCGUACCAGAUCCCCGAGCCCGUCUGCGGUAUCACCUCGGUUGCAUUCUCCGUGUCCGGUCGUCUGCUGUUCGCUGGCUACGACGACUUCGAGUGCAAGGUAUGGGACGUUCUCCGUGGCGAGCGCGUCGGCACACUGCAAGGGCACGACAACCGUGUCAGCUGUCUUGGUGUCAGCAACGAUGCACUCAGCUUGUGCACCGGUUCCUGGGACUCCAUGGUAAUUAUGCACCACACCUACUCUUCGUUGCGGGCAGCUAACCUCUUACAGCUGCGCAUUUGGGCAUAAGCGAACGGCGUUGAAGCAUGCAACGUUAUGUUACGAUACACAGUUGGACCACGGCCGCAUGCACGUAUCCCUAAUCUGGCCGUCCCACGAACUCCCAUUCCGAACUUGUCUGUUUAACAUACCCACUACACACCAUCCUCCGGGAGAAGUUGGACCUAGCGACAUUGCUGGCCAACAUAAUAUACCACACUUGGAAGCUUCAAAGC